UUAGAUGUAAAAAAAAGUUUAUGUAUAGAAAUUGUUUAUUCUACAAUCGUUUUUUUGGAUAAAAAGAAGAAACCAAUCAAAAUGUUUCUUAAGGAAAAAGCGGGAAUCCACGUGGAGAGGAAAGCAAAAAAAUGAAGGUAUAAAAUCAGAAGAUUAAAUAUUUGAAAAUCAAGAAGGUUUCUCAAAUUUCGUGCAACAUGAAUCACAAGUAUUUAUACAAAAGACGCAGUUGGAACAAUAUAAACGCUGGUGUAUUUCAUCGUAUUAAAAAACCUAAACCAAAAUUAAAACCUACAAAUGAAUUAUCUAAAUCGUUAGAAAAGAAAGAAAAUACUAGAAAAUCAUCUAACGUUAAUGGAAUCAGUCAAACAAAUAUCAGCACGCAAAUGGUCAUCGAUGGAACACAAGCUCAAUCUAAUACACAAUCAAUUCAAAACAAUAUUUUACAUCAGACAAUUAAGCAAGGACCUAAUGCACCUAAAGUGACAGAUGAUUCAAGUUUCAAGUCAAAACAUUCAAAUGAUCAAGUUGGAUGUGAUGAAUUGAAAAAAUGUUUCAAUAAAGAUACAUCUAAAACUAUGGAUUUAUGUUUAGACGAUGCUACUGAUUUGAAAGUAGAUAAACCAGAAUUUGAAAAUAUAAUGAAAGAGAACAAAUUAGAUAACAUAUUGAAGAUAUUAGAAGACGAUUGGGCUAAUGAUGAAUAUGAUUCGAUGGAUAUUUUAGUUAAUGAUAAUACUCCAUUAACAUCUAACAUUUUAUUAAACAAUGUUGAAAAAAAAACAGCUUCACCCAAUGAACUAAGUGAAAUAACAUCUGCUAUGAAUAUCAUGAGCACAUCAAUUCCUGAUAAUACUAAAAAUCCUCUAUUUUCUUCUACUUUAAACAUUGAUAAUAAUAUAAUGACACUUGAGAAGGAAAACAAAGAAAAAUAUUAUCCACUAUUCAACAAAGGUUACUUUAUGACCGAUGUAGAAAAUAAGAAUAUAAAAUCGACACAAGGAGUUAAGAAAGGAAUGAAACGGCAAUUGUCAUCAAAAGGUGGUGGUGGAGGAGAAAAUCAAUAUCAAUUAGAUGUUGGUCAAAAACAUUUUGGAGCUACACAAUGUACUGAAUGUGGUAUCGUUUAUCAAUUGGGUGAUCCUGAAGAUGAAAAUGCUCAUUUGAAUUAUCAUAAUAGCAUUAGAACUUUAAGAUUUCAAGGUUGGAAAAAUGAAAGAAUUCUUAUGGAGGAUCCUUUAACGUCGAGUAGAAUAAUUUUAAUAGAACCAACCGAUUCUAAACAAUGUUGGAAAAAGGUAACCGAAAUUUUAAAUGUCGUCGACAGAGAUUUAGGUUUAGCUGAUUCAAAUUAUAGUGAUAAACAGGUAUAUUUAUACAUCAGAGAUAAAAACGUAUUGGGCGUGCUGGUAGCAGAGCAUAUAGAAACUGCAUUUCGUAUGAUACCAGAAUUAAUAGAAUUAAAUUGUUGUACAUCUGAAAAGACACCUGCUAAGUGUGGUAUUAAUGUUGUAUGGACAACAAUGAGUCAUCGUAAACAAGGCAUAGCUACUAAACUUGUAGAUACGUUGAGAGCCAAAUUUUUCUAUGGUUACAUAAUGUCCUUGGAUGAUAUCGCAUUCUCCACACCAACACCCAGUGGAAAAGCAUUUGCAGAAAAAUAUACCAAAAGCAAAAAUUUUAAAGUCUACAAUUAAUAAAUUACAGGUGUACUUGGACUUCAUUGUACAGCUUUAAUUUUAUCUUUAAGACAAAAUUUUCUUCGUUGUCAUCAUUUUUUACAUACAACAAAUGCUAUCUACAAGUUGGUUACGCACAAUGAAUUUGAAAAACGUUUUUCUUCAGGUAUAUUUUUGAUAUAUAAACAUAAAACCUUUUAAAAAAUUACU